GUCGUUUUUGCUGGUCUCACCAUCUCAAAUGCUCAACACGCCGUCCCUCCCUACCCUGGUUUGUAAAACGAAUGGAGCAUGUUGCCGUCGUUCGGAGCAGCGCGUCACCGAAACAUGAACACCAUACUCCGCCAUAGUCAAACCCGUUGCAUCCCCACCUUCCUCACCCUUCUCCUCUAUUCCCCUCGUCCAAUCUCCACCUCCACCACCACCACCACCCCCGCCGCCGCAGUUUCCUCAUUCCACCGCAUGCUCAACUCGCACCCUCCCCCACGCAUCCUCGAGUUCAACAAGCUCCUAACCACCCUCGUCAAAUCAAAGCAUUACCCCACCGCCAUCUCACUCUGUUCCAAAAUGGAGCUCAGAGGAAUCACCCCUUGUGUCAUCACCCUCACCAUCUUGAUCACGUGCUUCUGUCACGUGGGUCGCGUGGCCCUCGCGUUCUCCGUGCUCGGGAAGAUUCUCAAACGGGGGUAUUAUCCAUUUGAUGCUGUGACCUUGAACGCGCUCAUCAAAGGGAUUUGUGUGAGUUGUGGGGUUUUGAGAGCGGUGAAGGUUCAUGAUGAACUGUUUUCGAAAGGGUUUCGGUUCAAUGAGGUUACUUAUGGGAUUUUGAUUGAUGGGUUCUGUGAAGCGGGGCGAAUAAGGGAAGCUAUUGCGGUUCUGAGGGCAAUAGAGACAUGGGGUAGGGAUGAUUUAAGGCCUAAUGUUGUUAUGUAUAGCACCAUUAUUAAUGGUUUGUGUAGAGAUGGGUUUGUGAAUGCGGCAUGGGAUUUGUAUCGUGAAAUGGUUGCGAACAAGGUUUCUCCGAAUGGUUUCACUUAUGGGUCUUUGAUUCAUGGGUUGUGUGGUGCGGGGCGGCUGGAAGAAGCUAUUGAAUUGCUGGAUGAGAUGUUGCGGGAGGGCAUACGCGUAAGUGUUCAUAUCGUCACUGUUUUGGUUGAUGCAUUGUGUAAAAACGGGAGGGUGCUUGACGCACGGUAUCUGUUUGAUGAAAUGAUUCAAAGAGGUUAUGAACCUAACAUUGUUACUUUCACCGCUUUGAUGCGCGGGUAUUGUUUAAAUAAUGACGUGGAUGAGGCAAGAAAGCUGUUUGAUAAGGCUGUUCGGUGGGGUAUUGUGCCUGAUGUUCAGAUUUUUACCGUCUUGAUCGAUGGAUAUUGCAAGGUUGAAAGAUUAGGUGAUGUGAAGAAUCUCUUAUGCGAAAUGUACCGCAGGAACUUGGUUCCGAACCUUGUGACUUGGAAUUCUCUGAUUAAUUGCUUUUGCAAAUUGGAAGGAGUCUUGAGUGCUCGGGAGGUUCUUAAGGAAAUGAAUGCUAGAGGUCUGUCCCCUGAUAUUUUCACUUAUACUACCUUAUUAGAUGCUUUAUGCAAAAGCAAACAUCUUGAUACGGCGAUAACAUUAUUCAACCAACUGAUUAAAAGGGGUUUCUCACCUGAUGUUUGGAGUUACACCAUCAUGAUUAAUGGAUAUUGCAAGAGUGAAAGGAUAGAUGAUGCCAUGAAUCUUUACAAAAAAAUGCUUCAAAAACAUUUGGUUCCUCAUAUUGUAACUUACACUUCUCUCAUUGAUGGCUUGUGCAGAUCUGGGGGAAUCUCAGCUGCGUGGGAGCUUCUCAAUAAGAUGCACCAUAAUGGUCUGCCCCCUGAUAAUAUCACGUACAGUAUCUUGUUAGAUGCUUUAUGCAAAAGUGAACGUCUUGAACAGGCAAUUUCAUUGUUUAACCAAAUGAUCGAAAGGGGUUUGGCACCUGAUGUUCGGAGUUAUACCAUCAUGAUUCAUGGAUAUUGCAAGAGUGAAAGGAUAGAUGAAGCCAUGAAUCUUUUCAACGAAAUGCUUCAAAAAAAAUUGGUUCCUGAUACAGUAACUUACAUUUGUCUUGUUGAUGGCUUGUGCAAAUCUGGGAGAAUCCCAUAUGCACGGCACCUUGUUAAUGUGAUGUAUAACGAUCGUCCACCCCCUGAUGUUAUCAAUCACCUAGACGCACAUCACACCAGUCAUUACCUUGUUUCAGCGCAUUGUUGAGGCUGACAGAGGAACUGCACUUAGCACCAGUCAUUAUGAGUAUAGAUAACUGUGCUUGCUGACAGUUUGUAUGAAGUUGGAAACUGCAUGUGAUUUUCCAAACAUCUUUUGAUUAAAGGAUGUUGUCCUGUCCAGAAGUCCAAAAAUUUGCCACCAUUAUCAACGGAGUCUGACAAUAGAGAUUGUUUUGAUCAAGCAGUGGACCGGCUUUAAAAGGUCGGGAAUAAAACGGUUGCUUCUGAAAGGGUAUAACUUUUGGAUAAAGUAAAUCUUGCUAUUCUGAAAAUCAAAACAAGACUGAAAAGUGGAGAAACUUCUUCAUGAAGUUGUUGUCAGAGGUCAUGUAAGAUGAUAAAAUGAGAUGAUUUUUAUUGCAGUGGGCUGAACCUCAUUAACCUGGACAUUUACCACCCGGCCGGAUUCCACUCUUCAGUGCUGACUGGCUAUGGAGCCUAAGACUCUCUUACGGUGCUAGAAGCUGAAAAACACAGUUAGAUGAGGCACUCACCAUGAAGCCAUUGAAUAACUCAUCAAAGCAGCUCAUGUUGACAAGGGCUACCUAGUCUUUCCCUACCACCCCAAUUCCAAAUUUCUUGCAAAAUCACAAGCUAUUAAUUAUGCUCUAUUCUACUCAAGUCCACAGCUUGAGCCUCAUGUUCAGGAGAAAGGACUGGGAAAGUUUCUAAUGCGACUUUAUUAAGCUUACGUCUCAAAAGAAGAGCUGCAUUGGUGCUUGCUAUCAUGCUAGCUGUUCAAAAGGAAAACUUACCAGAUAUGAAUUUCAACAUUAGUAAGCUGAGGUUCAAGGGUUUCGUGGUGUCUUCUGGUGCGACGGUGGUGGAGGAAACCAUAGCCGUCAGCGGUGGCUUUUAUUCACCGGGGCGAUGGUGGCGGAGGUCGACUUUCUAACGGCAUGAGCGACGGUGGUGUGCAUCGAAGAUUCAUGGGCGUGGGCAGAGGAGAUGAUGAUGAAGACCGAGGGAGAGAAUCGAUUUGUUUCGCAGGUGCUUCCAACCAGAUAUGGAGGAAAAACUAUGGUGCAUUGGAGGAGAGGGAGACAGAGUGAGCAGUUAACUGAGAGUUAACGGAGGUAGUGAGAGUAAAAUAACCCACAUGUCAUACUCUCAUUGGAGAACAGUAGUAACAGCACUUAUAGUACUGUACUCAAGUUUUACCCAUUAAAAAAACUGAAAAAAACGAGCCGAAAGCCAGAACUUGAUAUAUUUUUUCAAGGAGAGGGUCAGUCACUCAUUCUAAGUUUUAAGAUCUACAUACAUAUAGUAGACUGCUAUAUAAGGGUAUGUUUUCUCAUGUAAUGACAUGCUUAUUUGCGCAAAUCCUGGACUUAUCAAUCACUUAUAUGAUUUUAAUUUCUAAAUAUAUAGUGAUAAUCUUUGUUAGCUUGUUUGCUAUCAUGAUUAAACAUUUUUUUUUUGAAAUGGCUUUCAUGAUUAAACAUAAAGUAGGAACAAUGUGGUCAUUACAGUGCUUCCUAUAUCUAUUAGUAAAAAGUUAAGGAUAUUUGCAGGUCAUGCCACUGUUUUGAAGAGUGGUUAUAUAGGUAAGAGUUUAUCCCUGUCCUAGCUAUAGAACCAAUGCAGUUAGAGUUAGCUCAAGGUCUGUUAGAGCCAGUUAGUUAGUUGGGCGGGUAACUGUCUCCUAUGUGCAAUCCUAUGUGGUGGAUGCGAUUAGAGAUAACUCAAGUCUGUUAGAGUCAGUUAGUUACUUGGGCGGGUAACCGUCUCCUAUGUGCAAUCCUACGCGGUGGUUAAAUUGAAAUGCUAGUGUGAGAAAGCCUUUACAAACAAGUAGCUAGUAGCUACAAUGAACUCCUAUAUCAGGAUCAAUUUUAUUUAUGAUAUUAAACACAGGGAUAUUGAAUAAAUGCAGAAUUACUUGUAAUGUCUUUGCUUUUGAAUCACCAAUGAGGGGGUAUGCUUCCUCCCAAAAAAAACAACGAGCAUAUCUUUGUUUGGCUUCCCUAUUCGUUCUCUCGUAAAAAGUAAAGGAGAAAUACUAAUGCUGAUCCAGAUUGUCAAACUAAUCACGUUCACGGAAUUCUGCUACCAUAUGCUUGCCUAAAACCUCGUUUGAAAAUAGCACCACGGGAACUCAAAUCUCUUGGAUGAAAUGCCUCUUGUAACAUUUUGAAUCAUCUACAAUUUGCUGCUACCUUGAUGUCAGCUUUGAACAUUGCUCGUACAGGUCUAUGAUCCGAAAGCUUUGACUCACUCCUGCAGUAUUGUGUUUGCUUCAUUCCCUUUCCAAACCAUAUUAUUCGAUCACACCUGCAGUACCUUCUUGUGGUUAGAGUAUCCCCUACUUGCUAAUGGCUCAUAUGGGCACGUCUCUUUUUGCUCAUGUGUUGCUGGUCACAACCUAUGUAAUCUUUAGAGUUCGGGUGGUACUUGUAUGUAGGUGGAAACUCUAUCGCUCCUUCAUGCCAACCUCGGAAUACAUGGCCUUCCGUGAGCUCCUUCUUUAGCUAUAUAUAAUUUGCAAAGUAUUAUACCUUGAACUCCGAAAAAUAUGGUAACUAACUAAUUAAACCAAAACUAUUGCAAUGCAAACCUGGUCUUGUUUCAACAAGGUUUCCCACUCUCUUCUCUUGAUCAAUGACUGUGUUUCAGAGUCUGGCAUAUAGAUCCUGUAGUUCAAGUCGCCUAGCCAGACAACUCGGCUGCAUGUGACAGAUACCCAUUUCAGAUGGAGUUCUAUUGUAUGUAUUCAACU